AUGACCACAAGCCGCAGCAAUGAGGAGUGGGUCCUGGCGUCCUACCCCGAAGGUGUGCCCACGCCUGACAACUUCCGUAAACAAAUCUGCCCGAUGCCCGUGCCCGGUCCUUCGCAAGUGCUGGUCAAAACUUUGUGUUUAAGUGUGGACCCCUACCUGCGCCUGAAGCUGUACCCCGUGCCCACUGAAUCAAGCACCGACACGGCGGCUACGAAGGGGCAAAAUGCGAACAAUAAGGACGAGGAGGAUACGAGUGAAUUUGCGCCGUUUAAGCUAAACAAGCCAUUAAGUUCCAUGUUUAUCGGCGAGGUCGUCAGAACAGGUUCUGAUGUGACGGGUUUUGCAGCCGGGGACCGCGUCUCGGGCCUUGGCGUCUGGGCGACUUUUGCAGCUUUUGAGGCCAACACUCUUCGCAAGGUGCCCUCUGACCUCCCACCUUCGGCCUACCUUAAUGUUUUGGGGUUGAUUGGGCUCUCUACCUACUUCCCCCUGGUGGAAAUCGGGCAGCCCAAGGCAGGGGAGACGGUGUACGUCUCGAGCGCGGCCGGAGCCGUCGGGUCCCUGGUGGGCCAGCUCUGCAAGCUGUGGGGAUGCAGAGUAAUCGGGUCGACAGGCUCGGACAACAAGGCGGAGGCCCUAAAGGCCUUAGGCUUCGACCACGUCUUCAACUACCGGACACAGACCGUGGCGGCCGCCUUGGAGGAAUGGGCUCCGGAGGGCUUAGACCUGUACUGGGACAAUGUAGGGGGGGCGACGCUGGACACGGUUUUGACCAAAAUGAAGCGCCAGGGUCGAAUCGUCGCCUGUGGAAGCAUUUCCCAGUACCACGUGUUGGGUUCGGAGGCCGCGUACGGGGUGAGAAAUUACUUCAAAGUGGUGGCCUCCUGCCUAAAAUGGCAAGGCUUCCUCGCCUCGGACUAUGUCGGGCGGUCGGACGAAUUAUUCCUGAAGCUGGGGAAACUGCUGCGGGAGAAAAAGAUUAGGGCCUUGGAGACGGUGUGGGAGGGACUGGAGAAAGUUCCAGAAGCUUUCAUCGGCCUCUUUUCCGGGAACAACCUGGGAAAGAUGUUGAUCCAAGUCGCGGAGCCCUCGACGCCCACAGGCCCGGGAGAAGACAAGGAGGCGGACAAAGAGGGGGGAGCCAGGGAGGCAGGGCUGCGCAGCAGGGCUUUGGAGCCUGGGAGGUUGGGGCUCGAAAAGGAAUUGGCCGAGGUCCGGGAGAUGGCGGGUCUGGCCCAUGGGGCCCAAGUGAAAGCUGCCCUGGCCGCCUUGGGCGCGCGUCUGGAGAAGGACCUGGCCAGCGUUUCCGCCUCGCCCGCCUCUUCCAUCCCCGCCGCGGCGGCUCCAGCCAAGGAGCCUGUCUCCCGGGGGAGCGCGUCGCCCUCCGACUUGGUGGCGGGCUUGGCGCCCACGUACACUGCCAUCGAUACCUACGGCUGGGACCAGGGGGAGUACAACAGUCCUUGGGUGUCCGUCUACGUGACCCUUCCUGGGGUGGGCAAGGUCAAGGAGCGGGUCUUCUGCUCCUUCGGCCCCACGUCCUUCGACCUGAAGGUGGAGGGCUUGGCAGGGAAGAACUACCGGCUCUUGAAGGACAACCUCGAGAAGGAGAUCGUGGCGGGGGAGAGCAAGUUCAAGGUCAAGGAAGGACGGGUGACGGUGCUGUUGAAGAAGAAGAAGGGAGAGUUCGGGUCGUACGAUCAUUGGAUGGGGUUGACAGCCAAGACGAAGCCAGGGGGGGGAACGGGGGGGGCCGGGCUGGGGAAGGGGGACCCCAUGGGCGGAUUAAUGGACAUGAUGAAGCAGAUGUACGAGGAAGGCGACGACACGAUGCGAAAGACGAUCGCGGAGUCCAUGAUGAAAGUGCAGCGCGGGGACAGAAGCGGGAGCGGAUUGCCCGAGUUUGGGAAGGGGGGCCUAGGAGAGGACGAUUUCUAG